AGGGAAACGCUCGUGGAAGUGACGUUUUUAAAUGUUUCGCCUACCACCGCGAGCAUAGAGGGAAAAACGUUUGCAGAAAAGGGAUCAUUGUUUUUCCAUCAUGGCAAAGCCCGCGAAGAAUUAAAGGAAAUAACGCAUUGUAAAUUUGCAUAAUAUCUUGCGCAUAUGCAAACUGUGCACGAGAAACAUGGCAGAAUCAGACCUUUACAUGCAAUGUGAUGAAGAUGAUCUAGAGCCAUGCCAGAGUUUUACAGAAAACAGGGACCAGAUAUAUAACAAAGUCCCAAGUGGCGAUAGUGCACUGAUACCAAUACAGUCUGAUGGCACUUCUGAACCAACAUCAGCUACUACUGACCUUGCAAAUCAAGCUGUGCCUUUGCCGUCUGCUCCUGCUGUUACGUUACUGCCUAAUGCUGCCCAGCCAGCUGGAGCUGCAGGUGGCCAAACUAUCUUCAUCAGUGCACAGCCUAAUCCAGGGCAGCCUUUGGCAGGUUCAGUGAAUUUGGGAACAUCACUUGGUUACCUUUUGAAUGGACAACCUAUUAGUUUUCUGACUUCUGCUCAGACACCACAGUUAAUUGCUCCUCGGAUGGUUACCCCAGCAAGUUCAGUACAGCAAACAACCCCUGGAAAAAUCUCUACAUUGCAGAUCCCAGUCACUUUGACCAUCAGCAACCCCUCAAAUUUACAAAGCAUCACUUCAGCAGCCCCUGGAGUGACCACUCUAAACAUGACACCCUCCAAUGUCCUACCAGCCACAAAUCCAGGAGCAACAAUAAAAGUAAUAAAGUUUACAAAGUUUACCGGAGCAUCUGCAGCUGCUGGUCAAGUAGUGAGUUCAUUAGUGCAGCCAAACAAAGCCGUCACCAUCCAAAACAACAUAACAAACAGAGCUCCAGCCCCGCUCCUGCCUGGUGGGCUUUUUCAGGUCGCAAAACCUGCUCCUGCCACAGCAACUAACGCAUUGAAGAGAGGCUUCAAUUCAUCAAAAUUCUGUGUUCGCUGCAAAGCCUUUUACCAAAAGAUUCAGUCCCUCCGUGGAUACUACUGUCAAUGUAAUCAAGAACUUAUCAAGAGCGUCCGGCACUUGACAGCCCAAGCUAGAAAAAGGAUCAAGCGCCCGAGUGACAAAACCCACUCCAACCCCUCCACAUCCAAGACUCCAGUUUCCUUCUUGACAUCCUCAGAAACGUCUCUCAAACACGUCACCACUUCUGAGAUACCUGAAGGAGCGCCUAACCCUCGCUCUGGGGAUUUUGAUGAGCAGGGCAGAAUGAUCAUGUUAGUUGAAGACUUCUUCUAUGGGCAGCACCCUGGCCAGCCUGCACCAGUAAGACCCAAUGCAGAGCCUGUCAUGAUGAAAUGCCAGCUCUGUGACAAGAAGGUGAAGGGCAACAUCAAGCUGAUGAACCACACAAAACAUCACAUGGAGUUGGAGCGCCAAACAGGAGAAGUAGACUAUCAUACUAUGUGCCAGCACUGCUACAGAAACUUCACAACACCUUUCCUUCUGCAGUGCCAUGUUGAGACAGUCCAUAACAAAGCAGAGUCCUCAAAAGUGUGCAAGAUCUGUGAGUGGUCCUUUGAGAACGAACCUCUUUUUCUGAACCACAUGAAACAUGCGCACAAACCUGGCGAGAUGCCCUACAUGUGUCAGGUGUGCGAGUUCCGCUCCUCUUUCUACGAAGAUGUUAUAAGCCACUUCGCAGAGCAGCACAAGAACACCUGCAUCUUAUUGUGUCCCUUUUGCUUAAAAGUAUUUAGGUCUUGCGGCGGCUUCCAAAUGCACUUCACUAGACAUCAGAAAAAAACAGCAAGGCACUGUGACAGAUGCAGACUUCAGUUCAUCCAUGAGAAGGAUGAGUGGCAACACAGACAAAAGUUUCACAGGACCUUUGUCAAGCCCAAGCAAUUGGAGGGUCUUGUGCCUGGCACUAGGGUAACCAUCCGAGCUUAUGCUGACAGUACUGACAACAGAGAUAAUUUAGUAGCACCUCCACUGAAGACUCCCUCAAACACCACAUCAACACUUGUAGCAUCUCCAAAUGUCACCAAUAAGGUCAUUCCCAUGAAGAAAAAACCAGUGGAAAGCAUGGUGGAGCUAAUGGUCAAGUUUCAGAGUCAGUGCAAGCCAACAGAAAAACACUUCUGCAUGGAAUGCAACUAUGAUAUUCCGUAUUUUUCCAACCAUUUCCCCACCUAUGUGAGCUGUUCCCUCUGCCGAUACAACACCUGCUGUUCCAGAGCAUAUGCCAAUCACAUGAUCAGUGUACAUGUUCCUCGCAAAAGCACUAAAAAAUACAUUACCCUAUACAAACCCUGCCCAAAGAAGGGGCGGUUAAGCUGUACCACGUGUAGAUACAAAACUCAGGUUGGAGAUUUGAUGGCCAAACAUCUUGCUGAUAAUCCUAAACAUCAAGCAAGCCAUUGCACCAUACGGGAAGGAUUUUCACGUGGCUAUAAAAGAUUUGUCUUCAUCCCAACGGACCUUCUUCGAGGAGGUCAAAGACUCAACAACGGGGUCUUUUUGCCUUUGCAAGUGAAGCAAGUGGAUGGGAGCUCAUUUCCUCUCUCUUCCAACCCCCUUCCCCGACCCAGCUAUACAAUAACACUCCCUGCUAGCCCCGCUUGCACACCGUCACUUCCCAUUCUGGUUCAGCCUAUUGAACCAAGUGCUGUCCCAGACAAAAAAUGUGAAGCCAAUCCAGAUGCUUUGAAGCCAGCUUUGAAGUCAGCUUUGAAUGGAGGGCUUUCCGAAGCUGAUAAAGAACAUACAGUGGAAAACUCGUUUACCAUAACACAGCUGAAAAUCGUACUGUACGCCCUCUGCUUCGGAGUCCCCCAGGCGGCCAAUCACUUUGACACUCCACCGGAAGAAGUCCAGUCAUUGCUUAUGAAACGGCAGCUUCAGCUUGAUCCCUUGAGAAGCCGAGAAGGUUUGACAUCACAGGUGGCUGAUAGCUUAGUCGAAUGGAUGCUAUGCCAACGUGAGCAACAACAGCCUAUUGAUGAAUCUAACCUGUUCGGGUUCAUGAGCAGUCAUGGUGUGAAAGAUCUCUCUUACAACUCGAUGGUUGAUUUCUUGCUACGCCACGAUCUGGGCGUGCAGGCGUUUGCCACAUCCAGCAAGUUGCUACCGUAUAAAUCCCAGCAGCUCGAGAGCACCUUCAGCAGCUUUCUAAAAAAGCAAGUGACCUCAGAAUCCUUUAGGUUGUCUUCUAUUGGUGCCAUGGAUGAGCUUUCCAUCUUUGUAGAUAUGGAGCAGCUGGAUGAAGCCUCUGCAGAUUCGUCGUCCAUGUUGUCUGCUUUUAAGUUAAUGGGCACCUCAGAUCCACUCAUAGAUAUUGUGUUCACAGCCCUGGCUGAUGGGACCACAUUAUCUACCAUGGUUUUCCUCAGAGGCAAACCUCUCAAGGAGGAUGCAAGUUCAUUGCCAGACUUCUUCAUCCUGGAGGCUAGACCAGAGGGCUUCACAAAUGAAGAAAGACUUCAGCUUUGGUUGGACAAAGUGUGGUGUCGGCACAUCAACCCUAGUUCGGGAGGCAAAGGAUUGCUGAUGAUGGACACAUACAAAGGCCACAUGUCCAAUGAAUUCUUGGUGACGCUCAACAGUGUUAAUACUCUUCCAGGCUUGAUCCCACGCAGUUGCUCUCGCCGUCUACAGCCCCUUGAAGCCUGUAUGGGGCCAGUGUUACGCGAGUUUAUGCAGGCUCGCUGGAGCGAGCAUGUGACAAAAGCACCACAAGAACUGGUUGGAGCCAAACCAGCUGACCUUGCCCUUCUGCUGUCUCGCUGGCUUAUCGAGGUACUGGAUAUCCUUAUAGCAGAGCCCAAACUAGUUUUUCACUCUUUUGAUCGGGUUUUGAGCACAAACCCAGAGGCAACAUCUGAGGAACCCUCUGAGCUGGUGCGAAGUCUUACUGAAGCUCUGCUUGUCAGUAAAUUGCAAGGAGACAAAGUUGAGGAGCAGAAAGCCGAGACUUCCAGUAUCGUUUCUGCAGAAUCUUGGUCCUCUCCACAAUCGAGCAUGCUUGCGUUAAAAAAGCUCUUUGAGAAGGACAGCGAUGUGGAGUCUUUCCAUGGUUUUGAGGAUUCAGAACUUAUAGAUCAUUAAGUCAGCAUUGUUGGCUCUACAGGUCAAGAACAUUUUUGAAAUCUGCAGGUGUUUUGUGUGCCUGCUUCCACCAAGAUUUCAUGUUUUGAGAAUAAAAUGAACUGCUCAACUGAAGUGUCUAUGUAAAUGAGUCAUGUAAAUGCAAGUUAUUGCUAGCAUGUGUAAAUAUUUGUUGCAUUAAUGGGUGCUAAAGAUCCCUAGUGUGAAGUCCUGCUUAGUCAUGGCUUCUGUUGUUCAUUGAUUUACAAAUGUGCAAUGUUACAUAUUGUGGUUUAUCACUGUUUGCCUUUUCAUCAGGUUUGAUCUCUGUUAUCAUAAUAUGCAUAAAUGUAAAUAGAAAUGAUUUGAAAUCAUUACCUACUGUAUUUAGGGUUAUACUAUAACAUACUUGAUUACAUAAUGAAUAAACACUUUUAGGUAUGUAAUGUA